AUGGAUUCCGUUAAGAACGCCGUCAACUCCGCCACCGAGACUGUCCAGCAGGGACUCGCCGGCACCAGCAAGGAGGCCAACAAGAACGUUGCCAAGGACUCCAACGCCGGCAUCGGCACCCGAGCUUCUGCUGCCAAGGAUGCCCUCGGUGACAAGGCCAACGAGGAGAAGCACGACACCAAGGCUUCAGGUUACAAGGAGGCCAUCUAA